GUUUAAUAGUUAAUGUGAAUAGUUAAUUUUAUAGUAAAUACUUAAAUAGUUAAUUUAAAUAAUAUUCAAUAUUCGGCUAAAAGUCUAAAAGUGCGAUUCACCCUGCGAUGUGUCCACUCGGAGGUGGGCUCUGAGUUCCGACAAUGGCACAUUCUGGCAAUCUAACUUGAUUAGUGCUAUAGACAGAACCGCUAAAUAGGUGUGUAAAAAGAUUCCAAACUACAUUAAACAUGCCUUCCUUUAUUCAUCUGGAGCCAUUGCGUAAUGUCUGAAAAUGAUACAUAGAGACUGACACACCCUCACUGACCUGAAAAUAAACUGAACAUUUGAAAGAUCACAUUAACAGAUGGGCUGCUCACUUUACCACCAAAACAAGUCAGCCUUCCAACGUCGCUUAGCAUAGCCUUGAUAUCCCAUAUCAUAUCAAACCCGCCGUGUGUUUUCACCUUGCUUCGAAUCCGCAAAUGGAUUCCCAGCUUCCUGUCUCUGCUGAGGAAUUAUCCUGUCCCAUAUGCCACGACGUCCUCAAGGAUCCGGUUUUUCAUUUGUCAUGUAGUCACGAUAUCUGCAAAGUCUGUUUCGAUCAGUGCUGGAUGUGUACGGGGUCUCUGGAGUGUCCCGUUUGCAGACAGCAAACCGAUGUGGCUUCUCCCUUCGGUUAUGUACUAAGGGAUUCGUGUGAAGCCGCACCACAGUCAAGGAGGAAUGAGAAAGCUUCAGCAUGUUCUACAUCAUUCUACUGUCUACACAGAGAGAAAUUCAACCUCUUCUGCCAAGAAGAUGAACAGCUGCUGUGUGUGGUGUGUCAGAAAUCAAAGAUACAUGAAAAUCAUAAAUGUUGCACUGUAGAUAUUGCGGCACGUGACCUUAAGAAGGAUCUUAAAACCGCUCUCAGAAACUUACAGGACAAGCGUCAGGUCUUUAAGAAGGUCAAAUCUGAUUAUGAUCAAACUGCAAAUUGUAUUAAGUAUCAGACCAAGAAAACAGAGCAGCGGAUAAAGAAGGAGUUUGAGAAGCUUCAUCAGUUUCUUCAAGAAGAACAAGCAUCCAGAUUAGCUGCUCUGAGACAGGAUGAGGAGCAGAAGAGUCUGAUGAUCAAACAGAAGAUUGAAGAGAUAAACAUACUGAUAUCAUAUUUUGCCUAUAUUCUCGAUAUGAUGAAAGAGGAAAUGGGAAGUGAGAAUAUUUCAUUAAUGGAGAACUUAAGAGCAGUAGCAAAAACAAGAGCUCAUUGCUCCAUGCAGGAACCACAGUUGUACUCAGGAGCCUUGAUCGAUGAAGCAAAGCACCUGGGGAACCUAAAGUUCAGAGUAUGGGAGAAGAUGCAGGAGAUUGUUCAGUACACCUCUGUGAUUUUGGAUCCAAACACAGCCCACCCUGAGCUGUCUCUUUCAGAUGAUCUGACCAGUGUCCAGCGUAGUUAUGGAACACAACACCUCCCUAAUAAUCCAGAAAGAUUUGAUCAGUCUUAUUGUGUCUUAGGCUCUGAAGCAUUUACUUCAGGCAUCCAAAUAUGGGAUAUUGAGGUCACCGACGUUUCCGAUUGGGAAGUUGGCUUGACAACUGCGAGAACCAGAAAAAACAACUUGGAUAGUGAAACCUGGAGUGUCAAAGCUUCUCAGGGUGAAUAUCUGGCACGGUUUUCAACAGCAGCAUUUUUAAAGGUCCAUCUUAAAGAGAAUCUACAGAGGAUCAGGGUUCGGCUGAACUGGGAUGCUGGAGAGGUGCAAUUUUCCGACCCUGUCACUGAUACUCACCUUUGUACUUUCAGCCGAUCUUUUACUGAGGGAGUCUUUCCUUUCUUCAUUACACCCUGCAAACAUUCAGUUCUGAGGGUAUUACCAUUAUAUAUUGAUUUUACUCUGAAUACAGAACAAGGUAGAGAGUGAGGCAAGUAAAGAUGUAGUAGAAGUAGUAGAUAUAAUUCAGCAUAAUACACAAAAUUUCCAGAGAAACAGAAAAUUCAGAAAAAACAUCCUUCGUGGUCUGUGUAAAUAAAGUGCUUCUGAUGCUGUAGGUGAAACCGGCUGAUGUGUGAACUGACUGAUUUCUGACAAAAUAACCAAUAUCACCCAGAAACUGGAACAUCAUUUCUGCAGGACAUGAAGUAGCAGAUACAAGAGAGGGAUUGUUACCUUUGUGUGUUUUAAGGAGAAUGUAGAAAAAAUAC